AAAAGACAAAAAUAAACAGAGGUUUGACGGUUAGGGGAGACCGAAUAUUGGGGAGUCGGCGCUGAUUAACCGACGGCUCUAAAACAACACAAAGAAUGUGAACGGAAAAUAAAUCCCUAACCCUAACCCUAGAAAGCAAUAUAUUAAUACUCCCUCUCUUGCCCUCUCUCCCUGUGCUCUCCAGUUUCGGACCUAAUCUCGCUUCCCUUUCGUCUUUCUUUCUUUCUCUUUUCUCCUCUUCUGGAGGGCUCCUUCAAAACCAUUUUCAACGAUUCAAGCACCGAUUUUUGUGAAUGGUGGAAAUCUUGAGCACUAGCACUUUCAUGCGCUCCCUUUUGCAUUCAAGGGCGAGCGCUUCUUUUGCUCUCUCUUUCGCUUUCGGAUCUUGCAAGGAAGGCUGGUACUACCGCUGCAUCGGCCUGGACCCCUGAAUCUCUCCGACCCUCUGUCCCCAGCUUUUGAGAUUUGUUUUCUUUUGCUGUGUUAUUCCUUGUUCUCCAACCCGACCUCCGUAGCCAUUCCGCACCCAUUCAUAUCUCUCUCGAUUCUUGAAGAUUUUCUUUUGGGUCAUUUACGAUUUUGUUUUUGUCUUUCGGGUUUGUGACAAUGUUGUUGUACAAGCCGAAGAAGAAUCAGAACGCCAAGGGCAACAGGCUCUUGAUUAGUAUCACUGUGCUGGGUAGCGCCGGUCCGAUCCGUUUCGUGGUUAAUGAGCACGAGCUUGUCGGCUCGGUGAUCGACACCGCCCUCAAAUCCUACGCCCGGGAGGGUCGGCUUCCGGUUCUUGGAACGAAUCUCGAUAAUUUCUUUCUCUACUGCCCGAAUGCUGGACCAGAUGCUUUGAGUCCUUGGGACACAAUUGGAUCUCAAGGAGCUCGGAAUUUCAUGCUGUGCAAGAAGCCCCAGCCGGUGAAAAUUGCAGACGAUGGAAGUUCGAUUCCUGCAAUAGCUCGUAAGGGGAAUGGGAGUUGGAGGGCAUGGAUCAAUAAGUCUCUCAAUCUUAAGAUUUCUUCCCAUUAAUUCGUUGUUUUUGUCAGUUUUUCUUUUCUUGGUCAUUUGAGUUAUGAUCUGAAUAAAUUGUGUCAAUGCUAGAUGGUCAGACUAAAUUGUGGUUUUUUCUUUCUUGUUUGUGUUGGAGAACCUUGCAAUAGUCUUACAAAUAAAAGUGCUCGAACUCUAUGUUAUCAACUA